AUGCUGAGGACAAAACUAGUUUUUAUAUGCUUAAUUAUUUUAUUGAAAAUCAGUUUUUACUUAUCACAUCGUACAGUUGUUGAAACUGAAUCAAGUUUUGUAUACAAAUCUUAUGGAGAUGAUUCUUAUAAUUCUACCGACGAUUUUAACAAUGAAACGUUUCCUUCAGAUUUUGAUGCAUUUCCUGGAAAUUCAUACUUCUCAUAUGAAGAUACAAAAGAUCCAUUUAAAGAAGAAAAUAUAACGAAUGACUAUUAUUCUUAUGAUGAUAAAAGAAAUGAAAUAGAUUCAGAAGGUAAUGGAUGGUAUAAUUAUGAUUUUAAUGGUGAAUCAAACAUGAAUGAUAAAAAUGAUAAUAUAUUCGAUGGACCAGAUGAAAACGAUAAAUAUUAUGGAAUUGAUUUUUAUCCGAGGAGCGAUCGUAAGAAAAUCUUGCGUAGAAAAUAUAGGUCAAAAAGACAAACAGCCACUGAAGCAAGUUAUACAACUCAAAGCUUUAGUACAGAUACGGUGGAUAAGGAAAACCAAACAACGACAGCAGCGACAGUACCGAUGACGUCAACAUCAGGAGGUGUAAAAGAUUAA